CUAUAGCAUAGCAGGUCAGUGGAAUAUAGGUACGAUUGGCUGCCCUGCGCGUUUGAUUUGUUCAGAGAGAGAGAGAGAGGUGCAAUACAUAUCCACGAAUAGUUCGUGUUUCGUUCGAGUUUGAAAGUUCAAGUAAAUAUUUCGUGAUUUCACCGCAGUGACUGUGCGUUUGAAUGAUGGGAGAUAAUUUCAGUUUCAUUUUCUACGCAAUGACGUUGCCACCAAGCAACCAACCAAGUCCAGCACUGACUACCAUGAAAACAAUAGAUUCCCAUUCGGACGAAGGCACCGUUGGCUCGGUGAUCGCACUUUGCUUCGUUAUGUUAAUCGCUAUCACAGGAAACGUUGCAAUAAUCGUCAUAUUUCGCGUCUACAAGCGCCUAAGAAAACAAGUGACGAAUCAUUUUCUCAUAAACUUAGCGAUAAGCGACUUGACUGUGGUGUUAGUCACCAUGCCAAUUUGGUUGUUAUUCGAGAUCGAUCGUUGGAAAAGUGUAAGCAAAUGGAUAGAUAGUGAACUUUUGGCGCGCAUAUGGACAUUCACGGAUAUAGCAUGUGAAGCGUCAAGUAUUGCAAAUUUAGCCGUGAUAAGCAUCGAUCGUCUCUACUCGGUAAGCAAUCCGUUCAAACAUCGUACAACAGUCACGCCAUCUCUAGCACAUCGGAUUAUCUUCGCCGUGUGGGGCUACGCAAUCGCUGUGGCGUCGGUCUACCUCAUAGACACAAAAUGGAAGACUAUUAUCAUUUGUGUUUUCGGAUUUGCUAUACCGCUAGGCGUCAUGAUCGUGUGCUACAGCAAAAUUGUUACAGUUGUGAGACUGUACCGGAAACGAUGGUCCCAAAACCCGGAAGUCAACAAACAUUUCUUUGGCAGCAUUGUAAACGAAUACAAGACCGCAAAGAGCCUGGGCGUUGUCAUGGUGGCAUUCGUUAUUUGUUGGUCGCCGUUUUUCGUCUUUUCUUUCUUUUUCAAGUACUGCGAGAAAUGUCUUCCUUGGCUUAUGGAAAGACCAGCCAUACCAGCCGUCACAAAAUGGCUUCAUUACUUAAACAGCGCGUUAAACCCGAUCCUUUACACAAUGUUUAAUCCGUCUUAUCGCGUCGUAUUCCGCCGUCUCAUAGCGUGUGCCUGCGGAAGGAGUACCAGUGUACCCGUUACGAGGCCUGGUACCUAGGCUCCAGGCGUAUCUCCGUGAGCAGCCGAAGAUCGAAUUCCCUUAAUCACCCACUCGCAGGUUACAGAAACUCGAACAGCUCAAUCUAUCAUCGACCGUCUUGCAGCUCUGUCGUACAGACACGACCC